GGGAACUGGUGUAUAAAAGGGUAGACUAAACCCCCCCAAAGACAACAGGUUCAGUUAGCUGCAAACAUGAUGCUGCACGCUCUGCACAGAAUUCUGCUUCUUCAUCUUCUGACAACUCCUGGUCUACCUGCAUUUGGUAGCGAAAUCAUAAAUGGUAAAAAGGUCCCGGUGAACAAAAUGCAGUUUAUGGCCUCAGUGCAGAAUGACAAACAUGUUCAUAUCUGUGGAGGAUUCCUCAUCAAUGAAGUCUUUGUGGUCACUGCUGCACAUUGUGAUAAACUGAAUCCUACCAAUGUUGUUCUUGGUACCCACGAUCUCAAGAAGAUUGAUGAAACAAUGAGAUACAAUGUGAAGAGAUGCAAGCAUCCAUCUUAUAAUACAGUUAUUAAGGGGUCGGACAUCAUGCUGCUCAAACUGUCUAGGAAAGCUCGACAGAACAAAAGAAUAAAACCGAUUCCACUUCCAACAACUGAGAUUAAGAUCAAAGAUAAAACAAAGUGCCAGGUAGCUGGAUGGGGCUUUACAGGUGUUCAUAAAAUUGUUGAUGAGAUGCAAAUGGUGGAUGUGCCCAUUCUUGACCUGGAGGCCUGUAAAAGAAAAUGGGAACAACAGAAAAUUACUCUUCCUCCUAAUGUAACCUGCGCAGGUGGAUAUGACAAAGACAAAAAAGGAUUCUGUCAGGGUGAUUCUGGCGGCCCUCUGGUGUGCAACGGAGCAGCUGGUGUUGUGUCUUUUAACUGGGACAGGAACUGCGACUACCCAAAUCUGCCCAAUGUAUACACAGAUCUAUCAAAAUACCUACCCUGGGUCAGAAAGAUUCUCAAGAGGAAUAAUUGUUAAAUGUAACAGAUAAUGGCCCCUUCGCUUUAAAUAUCAUCUUAAAACAUUUUACUUUUACAGAAAAGUUUUGAAUCCCAACAUCAUUGCUCUUGAGUUCUCCAUUACUAUCACCAAUUUAAAAGUUCAACAUGCUUUUAGUGUACUGUACUGGCUUGAAUCUUCUUUCUUAUAAAAUGUGCUUUAAAUAAA